AUGGCCUUGGAAAUUGAAGACCUGAAGACGAAAGUCAGACAAGCGCCCCGAGGCAAAACACUGAGACGCCUGAAGCUCAAAGCCACAGAGGCCAUGAAAAGAUUCGACGACAUGGCAAAACAUCAUGCGACCUUCAAGAUGCAGCUCGAAGACCUAAGUGGUACUCUUGGGUGUUUCAGCAGUCAAUCUGAAGGGGUGUCUUCUGCAGAUAAUAGUCCACGCAGCUCAGCGGCUGGACUCCCGUCAGACUUCUUCGGUUCAUCUUCGAGUUCCCCACGAUCAAAACCUGCGCGUCAGCAGUUCCCGCCCAACUUGUCUUCCAAAGCUCAGCAAGCAGGCCAUGCCACCACCAACACUAAGCGGCAAACACAGUCUUCGACACAAGUAUCAAGUGCAAUCGCACACCCUAAAGCUGCAUCACCAUCAAGCAUGCAUUCCACUACUGCUCGGGGAACGUUUCAAGACUGCAACAUCGCCAAGAACGUCCAACGGGCAUGGGUGAAGUUGAAGAGCAGCCUGCCGCUGCCCCAGACGCAAAGAAUGUUUGUGCAGAGACUGGCGGCACCGACUCGGUCAACCUCUCAAUGCGGGCAAACUCUGACCUUCCAUGCGAACCAAAGUUGGCGCGAUAGGAUAUACCCAAGAAGCAGAGGAAGAUGGCGGAAGACUUGGACCGCAGACGAAAGGGUCGCCGUUGCGAGCAACAGCAACUUGGGCCUAGCAGAGACAGGCAACGAGACCGACAAUGGCCCUACCGUUGUCCCAACUGGCAUGCCGAACAAGCAAGCGGAGUCAGAGAGGGGGGGAAAUGGGCAAGAUAAGGAAAUCUAUCCAUCAACAACCACAGCGGUGCCGGUAGAAAGCCUCAAGAAGCGUAAGAAAAAGACAAAAAAGGUGAAACAGGCGACCAAGUCGAGCUCUGGUUUAUCGAAACCGGUGCCACAAAACGGUCCCCAAAUCAGAAGAUCAUCAUCCGGGAACAGUGCAGGGUCAACGGGGGCAAUCAUGGUAGAGUCCCAAACAGGGCAGGAUAUAAGAACGAAAACAGGCGUCGCUUCACCUCUGUUAUAUCCGGCAUCCAGUGACAGAUCAGGGUCUGGCAUAAUGACUCCCGAUACAGAGUCGUCAUCAGCCCCACGAAGCGACUUGCCAGCCGUGUCUCGCCGCCAAGCAAGCAUGCCAUGGGCUGGAAUACACCAACCAGCACCAAGCUCGCCGACAGCAUUGGAAAGGCACAUGACUCCUUUCCCGGACCGAACCGAAGCUGGGACUCCUAUCAACAGUCGAGCCCUCCCUGCAACACCUGCUUCUCAGUCGGCUCGCAUAGACUUCACCUGGGGCCACUACAGCCCCAAUCAGCGCAGCCUUCACUCGCAGGCCAUUACUCCGCCUGAAUCUGUGCAGUCUGUGUUUUCGUCUCCCAUGGACUCUCGUCUUCACAAUGGAGAUUGCGUCGAGUCCGACCCCUCCGGAUGUGGUACAUCCACCACAGGUUCAGACUGCUCGUCCCUAUAUCCAGGAUUUCAGCAUUAUGCAUCGCCUGCGCCGAUCCAGCCAGUUCAGCCAUCGCAGUUUUUCCACCCAAUCCCUUCUUGGAUGCUACCCUCACGUUACAUGUCGCGCUCCGUGCCUAUUGACGUGAGCAUGCAGAUUCGCCCGCCGUCAGAGGUGGGUUCGGAGGUGGGUUCGAGUCGAGGAGCCUUGUCGGAGAAUGAUGCUGAUGAGUAUGAGCCGGUGAGAGAUGAUUGA